AUGGUUGAUGUUGCUGGUGGAAAAGGUGAUGCUGUAAAAGGUGCCAAGAUCUUUAAGACCAAAUGCGCUCAAUGUCACACGACGAAUGCAGGUGGUGCUCACAAACAAGGACCGAAUCUACAUGGUAUGAUUAAUCGUCAAUCUGGUCAGGCAGAAGGGUAUUCGUACUCGGCUGCGAACAAGAAUUCAGGUGUCACGUGGACGGAUGAAACUCUAUUUGAGUAUCUUUUAGCACCAAAGAAGUACAUUAAGGGUACGAAAAUGGUGUUUGCUGGAUUGAAGAAGCCACAAGAACGUCGUGAUUUGAUUGCGUACUUGAUGGAAGCGACGAACGAAUAA